AACACUGUUGUCAUGUGACGUGAGGCGGAAGUGGUCACACAAACAGAAAACUAGCAUAAAAAAGAGCAUUCUGUGCUUAAAAUUUCACAAUUUUGCUAUUUGUUAUCGCAAAAUACAACAUAUGAUUGCAUGGUAGUCAUGUCUUUAAGCCACACAAAGGACUCCAGCUUUUUGGGGGGCAGGAUACCCGCAGAAAUCGAGUCAAUGUCGAAAAACCUGAAGGAUGUGGACCAAGAGUUGUUCAGAAAAAUACUAAAAGCUGUGGUCAGCGCCCUGGAGGGGAAGGACAACAGAGAGGUGAUGAAGUCGAUAGCAGAGAGCAGCGUCAUCCCCCAGGAGAGGCUCAGUUACAUCGUGGCUGGGAUGUACAGAGUGCUGUCUGAGGCCAUCCGCAUCCCCACAUCGUCGCUAAAGCAGGAGGCCUUCAAAGAAGAUCUUAGAGAACUGAGGAUACCUGAAGACUUUAUCACAGAUUUCUCCAGUGUGGUCUUUGGAAGCAGACGUGCAGCUCUCGAUGCAGCAACCUCUCAGAAUGAUCCGCACCUCCUCACAAUGGAAGACUUUAAAUGGAGAGUAGAUGUUACCAUUUCUACAAGCUCUUUAGCCCGAGCCCUGCAGCCAUCUGUUCUGAUGCAGAUGAAGCUAUCAGACGGUAGCUGUCAGCGCUUUGAGGUGCCAUUGUCCAAAUUCCAGGAGCUCCGUUACAACGUGGCUCUGAUUCUCAAGGAGAUGAAUGAUCUGGAGAAGAGGAACAUCCUCAAAAUCCAGGAUUGAUAUCCCGAUAUUUAAUAAACCGCACUUUUCGAUUUAGUGGAGUUCUGUAAAUAGCACCACUCAUUUUAAAUCAUACCUACUAUGAUAUCAUGAAAGACAAUAAUAAUCCUCCUGUCAUGGUGCUACGAUCUGAUCGUGUUGGCAUCCAACAUACUUGACUGCUGCCAGAGUGUAAAACGAUAGGAAUAGUUAUCCAGCUGACUGCACCAGCUGAACCAUGACAAAAAGACUCAUAGAUUUAAAAGAUACAUCUGUAAAAUCAGACUGGAUCAAUAAUUUUCUUGCAUUCUUGUUAACUGUACAUAUUAGCAUUGUUGUAUCCAGUGGUUGUCUAGAGAUUUGAGACAGAUACAGAGCCUCCAUUGUGCCAAAAUACAAAUGCAUUCAAGUGAGACCCUCUCUUACUGGGUAUCCACUUUAACCGGAGUCAUGUGAUCCGAGUCUGAACAUUUUGUCCACAUGCUAAUGAAACGAGGGUGUGCAAAUUAAAUAAUCAUCCAGGACAUUUUUCUACUCAUUUUCUUGUAUGCGUUUAACUCAAACCUGCACAAAAUGAACUGUAAUAUAUAAAGCAAGAUUGAAUGUUUGUUUUUUGUUUGCCAUAAUAACAUAAAGACUUUUUACCUCUUGAAUCACUUUUCUCUAAUAAAAUAUGUCCAUUCCUGUAUCUACAAA